AUGUCUUUUCAUCCAAACUACUACUUGAAUGGUUUGAAUUUGGAGUAUGAGGAGGAUACUAAUACCUCAUUACAUAAUAACAACAUGUUUUCCCCUUCACCAAGUGGUAACCAUGACUUGAUCACUGAAGAAGAUAUCCAACAACACCUUGACUUGUUUAGUGGAGCUGCUAAUGAAUUUUAUUCGCUAGAUGUUGUUGGAGACAACACUGUUGUUCCUAUUAAGCCAGUGCAACAACAUCAGCAACAACAGUACAAGAAUGAGUCAUCUGCCAACAAACAUCAAUCUGCAGUAAAUUCAAGUGCACCACUUGCCCACAACUUUGCUUUGACUGCAAAUACAACCGCCAUUCCAUCACCAAACUCAGUAGCGUCUACUCCAUAUACUCCCUCAGUGUAUACCUAUGCAUCACAACAAGCAAACUUCCAAACUCAACCUUCCAAUGCAGCACUUUCAUCUCAAUCUUCUCUUGAAGAUAAGAAAAAGAGAAAUACUGCAGCAAGUGCAAGAUUUAGAAUCAAAAAGAAAUUGAAGGAGCAAGAGAUGGAAAGAAAAGCUAAGGAAUUGGAAGAAAAAGUGGCCAUAUUGGAAAAGAAGUUGAAAACUAUGGAAAUGGAAAACAAGUGUUUGAAAAGUAUAAUAUUUCAACAAAAUGAACAAAAGAAUAUUGACUUACUUGAAUCGAUAAAGAAGAAAUCUAUUAUUGAUAGCAAAUCAAACUUUGAAUACACUGUAUGA